AUGUCACUGUAUUUUGUAAAUGGUGUUGUGAGUCAGGGCGUCGUUGAUGCGGAGCUCGUCUUGGCGCACCCCAUUCUGCCCAUUGUGGCGUCUGUGUGGAAAGGGCCGGCGCACCUGCUAGUAACAGAUGCCGAAGGUGAGUUUAUUGCCGAUAGCGGAGCACAAUUGGCAUUGAAAGACGCAGGCAGCAUCACUUCCAUGGCGUGGCAUCCCACACAUCCGGCAUUGGCGAUUGGGUGCUCGUCUGGGAGACUUAUGAUGUGGUCACUUCCCCCGGUAAAGAAAACAGCCAUCUCCAUGAUCCCACUAGAGCCACCGGUAGAUACUGAAAAGGCAUUACCACAGCACGACGAAGGUUCCGUGACGGCGUGCGUGUGGUCUGGUGGCGGGACAUACUUGCUGACCGCAUCGAAAAAGCUGCGUGUGGUAAUGUGGAUGGUGGAAAGCACGACUGUGAACACGGGGGGAAAUGAUAAGGAUGGUGCCGCGACAAUGAUGCGAUUUAGACUUUUACCACUGUGGUCUGUGCCAACAGAGGUGGUUAUUUUGCAAGCACUGCACGUCACCUCUUCUAUUGUGCUGUCUCUCCAGCAGUCUGCACAACGGUUGCAACGGUACAACACGGAAGGUACUUUAUUGCCGACGCCCGCUUCUCAUCGUGGCAUAGAUGAUGAGGGCGAUGAGUGCGCGUUUUUUCUUGCUAGCACCGGUGACAAACACAUUUUUGCACUAACAGAGGAUCGGAAGCUUUUCCCACUUUGCUCACUGGACGAACCGCUCAUGACGGUACUUUACGACUCAGCAGAACGGCAACUUGUUGCGUUGAGCGUAGCGAAUGUGAUUAGUAUAUACCACGUCUCAGAAGAGUUUAAAGUGAAAAUAUUUCUUCGCCGUAAAUUGUCGACUCCAAACGUCAAGACAGAACGAUUUACGCUGACGAUGCUGUGGGCCACACCAGGAGUUCUUGCGUUUGGGUGUGGGGACAAUCGGGUGCGUUUUUUUGACAUUCGUGACGACCGGGUGUAUGUUUUGUCGCAUCCAGCGCUAGCUGCUGCUCACAUCACGCACAUUGCAACUCUUCUGAAGAAAGGUUUAUUAGCCAUGGCAACCGCAGAAGGGCCGCUCGCCGUAUUUCAGCGAAAUGCAGAGGCAUAUUUUAAUGGGAACUCUGCCACCACGGCGGCCGUCAAUUCGGGUGCUGAAAAGAUGGACAACUGCCCCAUGGGUGGCAAUAUAAGUAAGGUGGAAAACGAUCCGGCGGAGCAGUGGGACUUGUUGACUGUUGUUGAUAUGGAGGGAUGCGUGGAUCGCUUGAGCUUUACCACUGCGAGUCACAUAGUUGUCGCUCUUGCGACGGGAAAAAUGCAGGUUCUUCGCGAAACGGUCCGAAAACGUGCGUGGGAUGGCGUUGUGGCCGCAACACAAAUAUCCAUGGAAAUGGUCGUGGUGGAGAGUGUCACUGGCUGCCAGUGUCUGUUGAAGAGUGGCAGUAAAAUUCGCGGCAUGGCUGCCGCCUUUCCCAUUAUUGGACUUUGGAAUGGUCACCAAAUAGACCUUUACACUGUCAGCGAGGCAAAGUCAACGGCUACCUUGACAAAUUUCAUACCGACAACAAGUCCAGCUUUUGCUGUGCAUCCUGAGGGGCUAUUUUAUGUGAAGGAUGCCAACCGCGUCUUGUUUACCAAUUUCCAACUUGUGACAAUUGGCCAAAUUGCCUUUACCGAGACGGAAGGGACGCCGAUUGUCAUUGAUGUGAUGGGUGAUGUUGUCGUGACCAUUUCCUCCACGAAUGCCAUGCGGAUAGCAUGCGUGAGUGGGCGUGAAUUACGUCAACUGGGUCCACCACGUCAACUCACACUUCCAGACGACAGUAUAGUUGUGACCGAUGCGAAGGUGAAUGCGCAAGGCCGUCGUGUUGCACUCAUGACACGUCGCAUCGCGGACGAUCUACCAGACAGCCGCAUUUGGGUGUAUGACUGCGAUAGAGAUUUACUGAAUUUCUAUGACUUUGCCGCACGUGGCGAGAUACCCGACGCUGUCUACUGGAAUACCCCAGAGCCGAACAGCAAUACGAUUGGCGAGCUUGGUUACCUUCUCUUGGCCUGUGAGACACAUCAAAUAAAAAACAACAACGUACCCCAUUCAACGGAUAGUACGGACGAAGGUGGCGAGUGCCUUACAAGGAAUGAUUCCUCGAAGGGACCAAAAUUACAGAGUGAUUCCUCUGUUAUUGCUACAAGUCGUGCCGUAGAUGUUCUGGGAAUGGAGUCGAUGCCCGACCUUGAGAACUUUGCAGAAAAGAAGCAGCGUGCGGAAGAGGAGAGUUAUGCAGGCGGUUUUAGUGGGGUUAACCCUCACGCGAAUCGCACACAUUCCGUUGUGACUCUUUUUUCAACCAACAAGGGUCUUAUUGUACACAAUGCCGUCUUACUAAAGAAGUACCAAAUUUGUUUAGUUGGCCUUACUGUUCCCGACUUUUUACUGGCCUCCGUGCGCAUCAAUGGUAACCCUAGCAAUCCCGAGGACUACAUGAUUGAGCAAAAGCGACUGCGAGACUUUGAAGGGCUCAAAACGGAAAAAGACGUAGCGGUAUUGGAGGCACUUAUGAAGUUUAGCUACUACUCCACCAUAGGCAAUAUGGAUGAGGCAUAUCGCUGCGUCAAGACCAUUAAAAACUCUACAGUUUGGCAAAGUCUCGCACGAAUGUGCAUCUCCUCCGGUCGUCUUGACGUCGCGGAGGUUUGUCUUGCGCAGAUGCAGGAUGGUGUUGCCGCUAGUGCUCUCCGAGAAGCCCGCACAAAGUACCCAGAGGAGAAGGAUGUGCAUCUUGCAACUCUUGCCUGUGGUCUUGGAUUGGUGAAAGAGUGUGAGGAUCUUCUGCGCAAGGCCAAGAGGUUUGACCUCAUCACGGAUCUGCUGUUGGCGUGCGGUAAGUUCGAACAGGCACAGCGACAUGCGAAACAGUACGACCGCAUCCACAUACAUCCGGUGGCGUAUAAGUAUGCGCAGUUUAUGGAAUCCUUUUCCAACUUUGACUCCUCCAUUAUGUGGUACUGUAACGCCGGUUGUCUCGCUACUGAUGUUCCCCGUGUAUUCUUUCAAAGUAAUUGCUUGAACGAACUACGUGACCUCAUCAUGUCACCAUCCGAGAAGGCGGCAAAUGAUGCGAGUCCCACCACGGGCAAUUCCGAUAAUGCUGCGGGUGAGAAGCAAAGUAGCGGGAAUGGAAAUGGCAACAAUGGACCAUUGGGAACGGCAUCUUCUGUCGAGGAUGGAAAAUUAGAUGAGAACUCUGCGGGAGAUGGUAGUGUGGCAAAACAACAGCCCAAUUUUCGGCAUCUCUUGGCGUACAACCGUGAUCUUUUGAUAUGGUGGGCACAACACAGUGAGCGGAAACGUCAGUUUGCAGAGGCAAUUAAGUUUUACAUGUUAGCAAAAGAUUUCUUCAAUACUGUGCGGCUUCUCUAUGCGGAGAAUCCUCCACGAAUUGAGGAAGCGAUAGAACUGGUGGAUAAGGAGAUUGAAAAGGCUUGUAUGCGAGCAAACAACGCCGCGGGUGUGGCCAUUGCAAGAAGAGAAUCGCCAACGACAGAGACGGAACCUGUGGGCGCAGCCUUCUUUGUCGGUCUACACUACGAACAUUCUAAUGAUGUGCCGAAUGCGUUGAAGUACUACAAACAUGCUGGGGCUUGGCGGGCUGCCUCAAAGUUGGCAAAGGCACAACGGCGCUAUGUGGAUCUGCUUGCUUUGUCACUUGCGAGUGAUGAUACACAGCUUAUGCUUGAUAGUGCAGCAUUUUUAGAGCGAAACAGUGUUUUUGACAAGGCUGUAGAAUUGUAUCACCGAAUUGGUGAUGUUCAAAAGGCCAUUGAUGUAUGUAUUAAGGGAGGACUUUAUGAUACAAUGCAUCGAAUUAGCUCCACGUUAGAUGCGCAAAGCGACCCGGAGGUGUUCAUGCAGAUGGCGGAGCACUUUGUUGGGAGCGGGCACUACAACAAGGCGGCAGAAAUGUACAUAUUUGCAAAGGCGUUUCCUCGCGCUCUUGAACUUUGCACUUCGCACGGAGUGACACUUACAGAUGAAAUGGCGGAGUCGAUGUCUUCAGAUGCAAACUGUUCAAACCUAUCGGGGGAGGAACGGAACGCGUUAUUGCGGCAGAUUGCAGGUAUUGCAAAGGACCAGGGGAACUGGAACCUUGCCUGUAAGAAGUACACAGAGAUUGGUGAACGGUUGAAGGCAAUGAAGAUGUUGAUGCGUGGGGGUGAUGUGAAGAAGGUCAUUUUUUUUGCGAGUCACUCUCGAAAUACGGAAAUUUACACUCUCGCGGGGAAUUUUUUGCAGUCCCAGAACUGGCACACGGAUUCAAAUAUCUACAAACAUAUCGUUCUUUUUUACACGAAGGCGAAAGCUUUUAGUAACCUUAUCUCUUUUAUUGAUGCCUUUGCUCAACUACAGAUUGACGAAAACCGCAACUAUUACGAGGCGUGGUGUGCGCUUAAUGAAUGUGUGCAGGUUUUGGAGCGUAACCGAGACGCUGUGUAUGGAGGCAGCAGUAUUAUGGCAAAGGAGGAGGGUCUUCGAACGCGCCGUGAUAUUGUCCAACAGGUAGUGAUGGCGCUGAAACUACUUGUUGACAGCGCAUCUGACGACAAGAAGGCGAAGGAGCUUAUCGCUGUUUGUUCUGACCUCAUCAAACGCUCUCGACCAAAUCACCAGGACAGUGCGAAUGUUUUGGCGGCCAUUCGAAUCGGAGACGUCUUUGCACUUCUUGUGCGUUACUAUUAUGAAAACGACCGGUCAGCGAAGGAUG